AUGGACGAUCAUGAAAACAAUAAUAACGAGUUCAUUCACGGGACCACUUCUGCCUCUCUUGGCCAAUUUUCCUUCGCUCCUGCUACUCGGACCACUGUGGUAACUACGACCACAACCACUACGACCACUUUCCCCCCGUUGUUUAUCAAACCGCCCCAAGCAAUCCGAGAACUUGACCCAAAACUAUACCCGCUAGCUGCAUCUCCAACACCAUCUGCAUUGAGAAAUAUCAAGUUUGAUCUGGGAGGGAAAUCGGCUGUGUUUAAUGAGCCUGAAGAUACUGCAGGAGCUCUUGAUGAGUUAACCGAGAAAAACGAUGCACUAAAGUCGUCUAAAGGCUUGGUUCGAUCGGUAGCUUCAUUUACCUCCGACGACAGUCAUUUCCCCCGGCGCUUCGUAGGCUCGCGAGUAUCAAGCCAACCCUCUAUCCUACCAACGAGUUCUAAACGCCGACCGAUGUCCAUCCCCGAUACUCACCAAGGAAACUUGAAGGUCCAGUCCUCUCGAGUCCUGUCGGAACCUUCAAUCCGGUCCUUUCGGUCCAAUGGCUCUACCCCUUCUUACCCCAGAGUGGCUGGUUUAGCAACCCCCGAGACCGAAAGUAGUAGCUUUAGCUCCGGAGAAAGUAUAGCAUCCAGGAGGAGAAUUCAAAGUGCGAAUUUCCCGCGAAGGGAGCCUCUUCUGCGAUCCCCCUUGUCUUCAGAACUUGACUCUCAAGGGAGCUUGCCUGCCAUGCAUCCAAGGAAAGAACCAUCUCGCAUCAAAGCUAUUGUCUCUGAGAGAAGCAGGCAGGCCGCAGAGAUUGUUGCCCCCAAGCCGAUGACUCAUGAAGCGCAACCUGAACCAAAGCAACAUGACUUGACCUUCAGCGCAAGCCAGGACACUGAAUAUGCUGCAGAUGAUGUUUCCCAACCUCAGACUACAGACUCAGCCUCGCAACUUACUCUGGUUGAUAAUGUCGUUGCUCAGGAUAUGUGUUUGCCCAGCCCUAGUUUGUCCCCCGUUGCCGCUAUGAAUGCUUUGCACGCCGAUUCUUCUUUCGAAUCAGCUGAAGACCCGGAAAAUGAAACAGACUCGAGUUUCGAGCAGAAUGAUGCCCAAUUCACAGACUCCUUGCCCAGAGGGGCUUUGAAGUCCCGCGUGCCUGUCAUUAUAGCUCCCGAAUCCGACGGCUUCCCUGUGCCUUCGAGAAUCCCAAAGGCGUCGACCUUGAUGGAUAUACCAAAUGUUUUGGACUUCUUCGACUCGGUGCCUGAGGAAUUGAAGACAUAUUUAAUUUACCAUCUCCUCAGACGCUGUCCGAAGCCGACACUACAUUUUGUUGCAGACGUGGUUAAUCCAGCCCUCAAAUGCGAUUUCCUAACGCUUCUACCACUUGAACUGAGCCUCAAUAUUGUCAAAUAUUUUGACGCUCAGACCAUGUGUCGGGCGGCACAAGUGUCGAAGAAAUGGAGACAUAUCAUCAAUUCCGACGAAAAAUCUUGGAAAGAGCUCUUUGAUAGAGAUGGAUAUGUCCUCCCAGAAGGGGAGUUGGCGCGCGCAAUCAGAGAAGGCUGGGGAUGGCAAUUUCCAAACGGAAAUGCUGACUACGAGAAGGAUAUAAGCAUGUCUGCUUUAAUUAAACCCGAUCCAGAAUCCUCUUCUGCUCCCGCUUUGUCACCCCUAGCCGGACCUAGCGAGCGGUCUUCUUCUGUAAAUCGCCGCCCAAAGAGGAAAGCUUGCACUCGAGUCUCUAGUAGAAAGUUCUCCAAGCGGAAGAUUUCAUCUAGCGGAACCGAUCAGUCAGACUCUUCAGACUGGAAGAAAGAAGCCUCGGCGGCAGAAGGGCCGUAUGCAGCUGCCAGCGCUGCAGCCGCAGCCGUUCCCUACCCGGACAUCGGCUUAUCAUCCUUGCGAGGCCUCCAUCUCUAUAAAUCCCUAUACCAACGACACCACUCAAUUCACAAAGGCUGGAUGAAACCUGGAGUCAAGCCAAGACAUAUUGCGUUCCGUGCUCAUGAUCGUCAUGUAGUCACUUGCCUUCAGUUUGAUACUGACAAAAUUUUGACUGGCAGCGACGACACGAACAUUAAUGUAUAUGAUACCAAAACCGGAGUUUUGAGGGCAACACUCGAAGGUCAUGAAGGCGGGGUUUGGGCUCUCGAAUACUACGGCAAUACUCUGGUAUCUGGGUCUACAGAUAGGUCCGUUCGCGUCUGGGAUAUUGAAAGAGCCAGAUGUACCCAGGUUUUCCAUGGUCAUACCUCCACAGUACGUUGCUUGCAAAUCGUUCUCCCCGCCGAAGUAGGGAAAAGGCCGGAUGGUACCCCUGAAAUGAUGCCCAAAGAGCCAUUAAUUAUCACCGGAUCGAGGGAUUCCAACCUGCGUGUAUGGAAACUCCCCAAACCGGGCGAUCCCGGCUACUAUCAGAGCUCACCGCAUGUCGACGAUGCGGAUUGCCCUUACUUUGUCCGUGUCCUCACCGGCCAUCAACACUCCGUUCGUGCGAUUGCGGCUCAUGGCGACACCCUAGUAAGUGGGAGCUAUGAUUGUACUGUCCGGGUUUGGAAGAUCUCUACAGGAGAAACUUUGCACCGACUUUCAGGCCAUUCUCUGAAGGUUUACAGCGUGGUUCUGGACCACAAAAGAAACCGCUGUAUCAGUGGAUCCAUGGAUAAUAUGGUCAAGGUGUGGUCCCUAGAGACAGGGUCUAUUUUAUACAACCUAGAAGGUCAUACAUCCCUUGUGGGUUUGCUGGACCUGAAGUGUGAUCGUCUGGUCUCUGCAGCCGCGGACUCUACCCUGAGGAUAUGGGAUCCGGAAAGCGGCCAAUGUAAGAGUACGCUAAGCGCCCACACAGGUGCCAUCACUUGUUUCCAGCACGACGGCCAGAAAGUGAUUUCAGGUUCCGAUCGAACCCUCAAAAUGUGGGAUGUGCGAACAGGGGAAUGCGUCCGGGAUCUUUUAACAAACCUUGGUGGCGUGUGGCAAGUUAAAUUUAAUGACCGCAGAUGUGUAGCUGCAGUGCAGCGUGAUGGCCUAACUUAUAUUGAGGUCCUUGACUUUGGGGCUUCCCGCGAUGGGGUUCCAAAUGAUCAACUUGGUAGGCGCAUCGUCGUCAACCGAUGGGGCCAGGAGGUCAGCGACACUGAUGAAGACUACGACCUCUCUGAUGGGUGA